CUUUAGUGACGUUUGCCGUGACGCCUGAAUGUUGUGUCUGCGGGGAAGAUGGCGGACUCAAUAGCGGCUGGUCUUGUGGACGAAAACGAUACUGAAAAUGAGGAUAAGGAGAGGGAGAAACGACUCUUCAGUGGCGUCAAAAAGACGGAGAAACAAGCCGCUGCGUCCGACCUUACGGAAACUCUGGGAUUUUACGAGAGGAAGGCGCAAUGCAAAGAGAGAAAGAGCAAUGUGUCAGAUCUCUCUCUUGUAAGGUUUAUUAGUGCUGAGUUGACUAGAGGAUAUUUUCUGGAACACAACGAGGCCAAAUACACUGAGCGGAGAGAGAGGGUCUAUACCUGCCUGCGUAUUCCAAAAGAACUGGAGAAGCUGAUGAUGUUUGGGUUUUUCCUGUGUCUGGAUGUGUUUCUGUACGUGUUCACUCUGCUGCCCCUCAGAGUGCUGCUGGCCCUGAUCAGACUGCUGACACUGCCCUGCUGUGGCCUCAGUGGAUCUCGUAUAUUGCAGCCUGCUCAGGUGUGUGAUGUUCUGAAGGGUUUCAUCAUGGUUCUGUGUUAUUUCAUGAUGCAUUAUGUGGAUUACUCCAUGAUGUACCACCUGAUCCGGGGUCAGUCUGUCAUAAAACUCUACAUCAUCUACAACAUGCUGGAGGUGGCAGAUCGCUUGUUUUCAUCUUUCGGUCAGGAUAUUCUGGAUGCUUUGUACUGGACUGCCACUGAACCUAAAGAGAGAAAAAGAGCUCAUAUAGGAGUCAUCCCACAUUUCUUCAUGGCUGUUCUCUACGUCUUUCUACAUGCCAUUCUGAUUAUGGUCCAGGCCACCACUCUGAACGUGGCUUUCAAUUCACACAACAAGUCACUACUCACCAUUAUGAUGUCUAAUAAUUUUGUUGAGAUCAAAGGAAGUGUAUUCAAGAAAUUUGAGAAAAACAACCUCUUCCAAAUGUCCAACAGUGACAUUAAAGAAAGAUUUACAAACUACACACUCUUACUAAUCGUCUGUCUCAGAAACAUGGAGCAGUUCUCCUGGAAUCCAGAUCAUCUAUGGGUAUUGUUUCCAGAUGUUUGUAUGGUGAUCGCCUCAGAGAUAGCAGUGGAUGUUGUCAAACAUGCCUUCAUCACAAAGUUUAAUGACAUUACAGCAGAUGUCUAUAGUGAAUACAGAGCGAGCUUGGCAUUUGAUCUGGUCAGCAGCAGACAGAAGAACGCAUACACAGACUACAGUGACAGUGUGUCUAGGCGGAUGGGCUUCAUUCCUCUUCCUCUUGCUCUACUGUUGAUCCGGGUGGUGACCAGCUCGGUGAAGAUCCAGGGCUCUCUGUCCAUUGUUUGUGUUGUGCUCUUCUACCUGGGUAUGAUCACCCUAAAGGUGCUGAACAGUAUUGUGUUGUUGGGGAAAUCCUGUAUGUAUGUGAAAGAGGCAAAUAUGGAGGAGAAGCUGUUUCAAAAUCCCCCCUCUGCAGCUCCCAGCAGAGGGUCCAGCAGAACCCACCGUACCAAACAUACACGUGAACCACCAGGUGAGCCAGCGGAGGAGGGCAUGUCUGCAUCAGUCACCACUCAACCCACCCAAAGGGAUGAAUGCCCCGCCCCUCAGAUCCCCACCAGCGAAUCAGAUCAGUUUCUCACCACGCCAGAUGAAUCAGAAGAGAAAAGCCUUAUUCAGGACGAUACCGAACUUAAACACGGAGCGCCCAAAAAAGACUUGCUGGAGAUUGACCGCUUUACUAUCUGCGGUAACCGUAUCGACUGACAUUAGCGCGCACCUUCAAGUUUAAGAGUGAUGUCAGGUAUGCACUGAAAUGCCCGCCUUCUCUGCCAGCUUGAUUUGUUUGACAUUUGAACCUGAGUUCGUUGGAAUGGGACAGCGAGAAACUGCAGGAUAUUUAUUAAUAAGCGAUGCACCUAAUUUAUUUAAGACUUAAACACACUUAUACACAGAGAAUCACACCAACGCACACCGUUUUAACCAAUUGGAAUCCACCCAGUGACGUUUCCACG